AUGGAUCGUGCAACUAGAGAAAGACUUUAUGAAGCUGGAUAUUCCCAUGAACAAAUAAAUCAGAUUCCCUUUAGAUAUCAGCACAGCAUUGUAGAGGCAAUGAAUUGGCUUCUUGAUGCACUUAAUCCAGCAGUGAUAAACCUGGAAGAAAAUAAUGAAAAUGGAGAAAUCAAUCAAAAUCAAGUGCAAGCUCAAGAAAACAAUCCGCAGAUAAACAAUAAUGAAAAUCUCCAAGAAAAUCAAGAUGAGCUUCGUGAAGAUGAAAAUCAAAGAAAUCAAGCAAAAUUUUUAACUUUACGCUUUCAGAAUAAGAUCUAUUUUUCUCAAAAAAUUCAGCCUGCCCGAUUUAAGCUUCGUGAAAUGUGGCUAGAUAGAUUUAUGGAGCCUGAUUUUCGGGAAUUCCCAGGGUUAGCAGAAAUUGAAAGAAGAGGGCAGCAUCAUCAGUAUUUUAAAAGCGGACUAAAAGAAGACCCUCAGAAUGCCAAUUAUAAAAAGAGCUUCCACGAUUUUGUGAAGCUGCUAACCAAAAAUCCUCAAAUUGCAUCUCAAUAUAGGAUGCUUGUCUCUUUUAGACAUGCAUUUGAUAAACAAAUAUUAUACAUAGUUAGCCAUGUGACUGAAUCUAGUGGGUUUGGGGACGUUGUAAAACAAAACAAUUGCCAAAUUGGGGUCUUCAAAAUUCCCUGCAAGAAAAUAUAUGAUAGGCAAGAUAUCAAAACAAAAAAACUCAAACAAUUAAUAUUAGAGAAAAACAAAGAAAUAGAAGAAAAAGAUAAGCUCAUCCAAGAGCUCUUGAAUAUAAAUUAG